AUGCAGGUUAAUACACCAGAAGAUGGCCGGGGGGCUGCACCAAGCCAAUCAGUUGUAUAUCGAACAUAUACACACCCCUGGUUCCAGAUCCUCCUAAUCAGCUUCAUCUGUUUCUGCUGUCCUGGAAUGUACAAUGCCCUAACAGGCCUCGGAGGCUCCGGCCAAGUCGACCCAACAGUCGCGGCAAACGCAACCGUAGCCCUGCUAGCAGCUACAGCCGGUACAGCUCUCUUCAUCGUCGGGCCCAUCUUCGAUCGCGUCGGACCACGAACCUGCCUUCUUCUCGGAGGCUGGACAUACCCACUCUACGCAGGAAGUCUCCUCUGUUUCAACCGCACCCAGAACGGGGCAUUCGUGAUCGCCUCCGGUGCAAUUCUCGGUGUUGGCGCAUCAUUUCUUUGGGUCUCACAGGGCGCAAUUAUGACGACCUACGUACACGAAUCCCAGAAGGGGCGUGCGAUUGCCGCGUUCUGGAUUAUAUUCAACCUCGGCGGUGGUGUGGGAUCGCUGGCGAGUUUCGGGCUGAAUUAUCACUCCGAGAGUGGGACUGUUUCUGAUGGCACGUACAUCGCCCUGUUGAUUCUCAUGGCUGUGGGAUGGCUGCUUGGUGUGCUUAUUUGCCCGCCGUCUGCUGUGCGUCUUGAUGAACUACAACAACAACAGAGGACGGAUAUAGAAACUGAAACAGCGACGAAUUGGAAAAGAACGCUUCGCCACGCAGUGCAUACAAUCAUCGACUGGCGCGUCCUCUGUAUGCUACCGCUCUUCUUCUGUGCAAACGUCUUCUACUCAUACCAGCAAAACAUCGUCAACGGAAUGACCUUCAACAUCCGCACGCGCUCCCUGAACAGCGCCUUGUACUGGAUAGCCCAGAUGCUGGGCGGUCUAAUCAUGGGUCUGAUUCUCGAUAUCCCCAGUCUAACCCGGCCUGCACGCGCAAAAGCAGGAUGGGUAUUCCUGUUCAUCACGGGGAUGAGUAUCUGGGGCGGCGGAUACGCGUUCCAGCGAUGGAGUACUACGCGAAUGUCGCACGGUCUAAAGCAGGAUAUAGACUACACGGCUGGAUCUGUCUCGACCGGCCCGAUAUUCUUGUAUAUAUUCUACGGCGCGUUCGAUGCGUUUUGGCAGUCCUAUUGCUAUUGGCUGAUGGGGGCGCGGUCGAAUGAUCCUGCGGUUGUGGCGGUGCUGGUGGGUGCGUAUAAGACGUUCCAGAGUACAGGAGGCGCGAUGGCUUGGAGGAUCAAUGCGCUGGACAAGCCGGCGAUGACGCAGUUUGCGAUGGAUUGGGGGCUUUGCAUGGGUGCGUUGGUGGUUGCUGUUCCAGCUGUGUUGGCGGUGACGAGGACGAGUAGGGAGGAUCUGAGGGAGGUAAAUGAGAAGGGGAGUUGAAGUAUAUGGCUAUAAUCGAAGGCAGUCCAGAUCCCAGGGAUUUGUUUAUCCAAAUAGCAGAUGUCUGAUCCAAGGUAUAAUAUGACUGAUACUGUGUUGUCCACCCCGGUCUAUAUAAGCCGUGAUAUACCCAUCCCCACCAGUCACAGUAAGCAGCCUGCAGUCACAUAUUAAACCAGCACAUUAAACCAAGACAUCCAAGCACGGAAUGUCCCGCCAUCUGCUUUCCG